AUGUCGUCCGCAGCAAGUCCGUCCCGCCGUCCAGCCCGGACGGUCGAGCAGGAUUUGCGUGCAUCUGUUGCACGACUCAGCGCAGAGGACAUCGCUAUCCUACGCUCAGGUGCGAGACGCCCAGGUCAGCAGAAAUCGGAUCGUGAGUUGGCGCUCGAGCUCGCUGAAGAGGAAGCUCGGCUUUUUGCUGUCUUCGAGGGGGAUCAUGCCCUUGCAUUAGAACUGGGCAUGCGUGGAGACGCUAAUGUCCCUCCCAUGGCUAGGCCUACACCAAUUCUACCGCACAAUCGAUCUACUCGUACAGGAUCUGGCUUCUUCAGCUUCUUGUGGGGGUCAGCUAUCCCCGGCACCAAUAUGCAAACACAGAGUCCAGCCGGGAAUCAGCGGCCACCUGCCGCUACCACUCCCGUACGAGCACCCGACCCACCUCUGACCGGUCACAGUUGUGUCAUCUGCAUGGACCCAAUUCGAGGCGUGGAAAUACGAGCUCCAUGUGGAGAUUACUACGACAGGGCGUGCAUUCUGGAGCUCUUUCAGGCGGCGACCAGGGACGAAUCGCUCUUCCCUCCUCGCUGCUGCAGGCAGAGAAUCCCUCUCGAAUCCGUGCAACAGCACAUGACUGCAGAACUCCUGAAUCUUUUCAAGUCCAAGACAGAGGAGUUCAGCACACUGAAACGUGUCUACUGUGCUCGCCAGUCCUGCAGCCGCUUCCUCGGUGCACAGAUCGAGAGCUCGCUGAAGUGGAUCUUCUGGCCGACAUACAAGUGCUCUGCUCCCGGAUGCGGUACUGAGACAUGCUCCUGGUGCAAGAAGAAAGCAACCUUCGGUCACCGGUGCGACGGCGACGACGGCAACGACCAGCGCGUCCUGGCACUGGCGCGUGCGCAGGGCUGGUCGCGCUGCCCAGGCUGCGAGCAAAUCAUCGAGCUCAAUCACGGAUGCUUCCACAUGACCUGCAGAUGCCGCACGCAGUUCUGCUACCUCUGCCGCGCCAGGUGGAAGACGUGCGCGUGCCCGCAGUGGGACGAGCGUCGCUUGCUUGCUGCUGCGGAAGCGCGCGCUGAUGCACAGCUGCGCCGCGGCGCUGCCCCCGCCCCCGCCCGCGCGGUAGCUCAGGAUUUCCGCGCCAAUCCAGUCGCUCGUGCGCGUCCUGCUCAAGCAGCUCUCGCCCCCGCCGGUGCAGUGCCUGCGCCUGCGCCUACGAUCCGCCCAGCGGCGAACCCUGUGAGGCCGGCGGCGGGACCCGCUUGGUAUGUCGACCGCCGUCCGGUGUAUGGCCAAGUGCCCGUCGGGAGGAAUCCGACUGUUGGGUCCGCACCUCAGCGCCCUGCUGCAGCUACGGCGAGCCAAGCACAUACAGGACGUCAGCCGGCCACAGUCACUACCCCUCGCAACCAGCCUUUGGCCGUACAUUACCGGGCAGUUUCCCGAUCUACAAAUGUAGUAAAUGCUGCAGUGGUGCCGGACAGGGCUACUCUCAUAAGGACCUGGGUUGACCGCCUGCGGGACGACCACGAUUGUAACCACGCGCAUUGGCAGUAUCGCCGCGGAGGAGGACACUGUGAGUCCUGUCACGAUAGACUCCCAAUUUACCUUCUCCGUUGUACAGGUUGCGAGAUGCUGGCCUGCAGGAGAUGCCGGCAGAACCGGCUGUAG